AUGGCAGUUGAGAUUCGUCCCAAUGCCAGCGCAAGUGCUGCACAGUCGACAGAAGUGGGGGUCACUACGCAAGCGAGGCGGGGGGAAGAAGACUCCAAAGCGUCUACAUCUACCAUAAGUAGUGGGAAGAAAUUCUUUGCUCGGAUUAAAGACCAGGAGUUUGCAAAAAAGUCUUGGAAGGUCCUCACGUGGACCCCUAAAAGAUGUAGAUGGGAUCCAGAAGAUCCGCCCAAGUUUGGCAUGGGAUUAAAUCUGCUUUUUGGAUUUGCCAGCACAUUUACUGUCGCAAAUUUGUACUACAACCACCCAAUCCUUAACAUUUUGGCCGACGAAUUCAACGUCUCCAACGAGCGCGCCUCUCUCAUUCCAACGUUGAUGCAAGCAGGCUAUGCAGCAGGUCUGUUAUUCCUCUGCCCACUGGGCGACAUCUUCCGUCGUCGAGCCUUCGUCCUCAUUUUGGUCUUCUUCACAGCAACCAUUUGGCUUGGCCUCUGCCUCACAGAGUCUUUCCCCAUAUUCCUGGCCCUGUCUUUUAUCACAGCCGCCUCAACGGUAACCCCUCAACUCAUGCUUCCCCUUGUCGGAGACCUCGCACCACCUCACCGCCGCGCAACAGCUCUCUCAAUUGUAGUAUCUGGCUUGCUCCUCGGAAUGCUCAUCGCGCGCCUCCUGUCCGGAAUACUAACACAAUAUACAUCCUGGCGCAGCAUCUACUGGUUCUCCUUCGGCAUGCAAUAUCUAAUCCUCGUCCUUCUCUUCUUCUUCAUGCCCGACUACCCCUCUACAAAUCCAGGGGGAUUGAACUACUUCAGCAUGUUGUUCUCAAUCCUGAAGAUGAUAUUCAAGCAUCCGGUGCUGGUACAGGCUUGCAUAGUGGGGUUCUGUACAUCGAGCAUAUUUACGAGCUUUUGGACUACGCUUACAUUCUUGCUCUCGGAGCCGCCUUAUGAAUACUCGCCGGUUUCAAUUGGGCUUUUUGCGCUAGUAGGAAUUGGAGCCAUGUGUUUUGGGCCUUUCCAUUCAAAAGCAGUAAUCGACCGCUUCGUCCCCCUUUUCUCCGUCAUCCUUGGCCUAAUUUACUGCCUAGCCGGCGUCAUUGUAGGAACAUUCACUGGGCGCAUCACAGUAGCUGGUCCUAUCAUCCAAGCCUUCGCAAUGGACAUCGGUAUCCAGACCUCCCAGAUCGCAAACCGCUCCGCAAUCUAUUCCAUCGAGCCGCGCGCCCGCAAUCGUGUCAACACCGCUUUCAUGGUGUCCGUAUUCUGCGGCCAGCUUGCAGGCACUGCGAUUGGGAAUCGACUUUACGCGGAGGGAGGAUGGAAGGCUAGUGGCGGGUGUAGUAUUGGGUUUAUUGGUGCGGGUUUGGUGUUUUGUUUUGUGAGGGGCCCGUGGGAAAAGGGGUGGGUGGGGUGGAGGGGAGGUUGGGGUAUUAGGAGGAGGGAUUUGGGAGGUGGAAAGAUGGAGAGACCGGCGAUGGAGCAGGCUUUGGAGGAGGGAAGUGAGGAUGAGAAGAGGGAGGCGGUAUCUGGAAGUGAGGCAGAGAAGACCGAUGAAGGUAGAAUGAAAGUGCAGGAUAAUGGGAGCUGA